AUGGCUGCUGCCGUCCACCUCCGCCCUCUCUACUCGUUCGCCCUCCCUCUCUCCGCAGCGAAGGCAGCGCCCAGCUGGUUCCCCCUACCGGCGAAACCCGGUGCGCGGAGGAGGGGCAGCCGCGUAGCCCUGCUCCUCUGCUCCGCGUCUGCCCCCGCGCCAGCGUCUCCCUCGCCCUCGGGCGGGGACGGCGCCGCGGCGUCGGCCGCGUCAAAGUGGGUGGAGUGGAUCCCGCGCGCCGCGGCAGGCGCCGGGUCGGCGGCGGGCCCCGAGCAAGUGCUCAGGCUCAUCUCCGGCGCCGCGGCCACGCCCAUCUGCCAGUUCGUCGACAGACCGCGCACCUUCCUCCAUUCCGUCGACCCGCGCGUCAAGCUGGUACGUAACGUCCCCGCUUUCCCUCCAGCACGCGUAGUGGAUAGACUUACUAUCCUGUAG